GUAUUGAAUAAGUACUUCCCCCCGGACUUUGACCCGUCCUUGAUUCCUCGAAGGAGAGGUCCAAAGAACUCACAGCAGGUUGUUCGUCUUAUGGCUCCAUUCUCUAUGCGAUGUAAUACAUGCGGAGAAUACAUUUACAAGGGCAAGAAGUUUAACGCUCGUAAGGAAACGGUGGAUGGAGAGGAUUACUAUGGAAUCAAGAUAUUCCGGUUCUACAUUAAGUGGUGCGUCGUUGCGUCGUUAUAUAUCUUAACAUUUUCUGAGAGCCAUUCUAGUACACUAUGUUCCGCUGAGAUUACCUUCAAGACCGACCCCAAGAAUACCGAUUAUUCCGCAGAGCAUGGUGCAUCGAGAAACUUUGAACCAUGGCGAGAAGAGAAAGUUGUCGAAGAGGAGGAUCGUCUUGCUCGGCUGGAGGAAGAGGAGAACAAUCCUAUGAAAGCGCUAGAGAACCGCACCGUCGACGCAAAACGGGAGAUGGAUAUCCUAGAUGCCCUCCAGGACAUUCGGGCGCGGAACGCUCGGAACGAGCGUGUGGGGCAAGCGUCGGACCUGACUUCUCGGACUGCUGCAGAGGAAGAAACGGAAGAAGACAGGGACCGAAGGUUAGCAGAGGAAGAGGACGAGAAGCUGGUGAGGGAAGUGUUUUCGAAGGUGUCGAUGCCCGCACUUCCGGGCGGCUCUUCGGCCGCGGCGGAUAGUUCUGGAGAUUCACCCACAGACGCCACUCCACCAAAGCUGGUCACUAUCAAGCGAAAGGCCGAUGAUGUCGAGCCCGAUUUACGCAGUCUCCUCCCAGAAUCAAUACGAGUAGUGCGAGAUGCCAAAUCUCUUGGUGCACCGCCAGCGAAGAAGCCAAAAUCAGAUUUGAAAAACAAGUUGGGUAUCAAGAUAGCGAAGAAGGGCAAGGUGGCUGUUUGA